AUGGACGUAAAGGUAUCUAUAGGAGACGAGGUUGUCAUGAACACCUCGAUCGAGGUGGCGGUCCAGAAGGAUGAAGGAGGAGCUUCCCUGAAUAAUGCAUCGGCGACCACGCGAACUGCGGAGCAACAAGAUCCAGCAAAAGUGUAUGCAGCUGCUAAAAAUCUAGCCGAUGUCAUCAAAGGCGCCAAUGUCGAGGAUAUCAUUUCCGCGAUCGAAACGCUUGCCUGUCAAGCUGAUUCGUCUGCCGUUUUCAAUUUCCGGAGGCUGUCGAGGGGUUCGCUACUCCACAUUGCAGCAGCCACCGGCAAGAGCAACAUCCUGAGGCUCCUGCUUGAUCGUGUCGAUGCCUACCUCAUAGCCGCCCCAGAUGAUUGGGGGAAUACCCCUCUCCACAUCGCCACUAAGGCCAAGGCAUCUGGAGUCGUCGCUAUGCUGAUUCGCCAUGCAAGAGACCUCCCCGACGUGGAUGACAAGAACUGGAUCCUGAGGAUGAAGAACAAUCAUGGAAACACCGCUUUGCACGAGGCCGUGCUUACAUGUGACGUUGACUUGGUGAGCCAUCUGUUGAACGAAAAUUCGGAGCUCGUGUACUUGGCGAACGCGGAUCAGAAAUCUCCCCUGUACCUGGCCAUUGACACCUGCGACCCCAAGAUAUUUCAGGUUUUAUUUUCGCCCUCGCUUGACCCAUCAAGAAUAGAAGGCUUGCCGCCCGUUCGUGGUGCUGUUGCACGUAAACAAUAUGGUUUACUGGGCGAGAUACUAAAAAAGAACGUGAAGCUAUUUGCAAUUACAGACUCCAAAGGCGGUAAUGUAUUCCAUCUAGCAACUUUCUGGAAUGUGCCCCAAGUAUUUGAACUCUUACGACCAGAAACCGAAUAUUUGGCUCGAGAACGAGACAACAAUGGGGAUCUUCCAAUUCAUAUUGCGAGCAAGAUGGGUCAUGUUGAACUAAUCGAUAAGCUACAUCCAGUGUCACAGUGGGUAAAUGGGAAAGGACAAACCAUUCUUCAUGUGGCAGCAAAAUACGGAAGAGAAGAAGUAGUGAGAUCUAUACUCAAACAUCCGGAUCUGAGGGAGAUGAUAAAUGAAAGAGACCAUGACGGAAAUACACCUUCACACUUGGCAGUGAAGUAUUUACAACCCGCCACUUUGGUUCAUCUUGUGCUGGAUAAAAGAAUGAACCCCUCCCUCCUCAACCAUGAACGUUUGGCUGUUGUCGACAGUGUUCCACAUCACUCACCAAAAGGAUUACAGCGGACUAUGUCAGCUGAGAGACCAGAUCGAUUCAUAGUUAAGCCAGAAGCUCGAGACAUAGUGUACAGGCGCAGAAUUUUGAAAGGUCCUGCCAAUUUGGAAGAGGCUAUCAAUACCUUGUUGGUGGUGGCGACGCUUGUGACCACUGUGACUUUCACAGCUGGUUUCGCAGUUCCUGGAGGAUUGAACAGCUCAGACAUGGCAUCCAAAGAUGACAGGGGCGUGGCUACGAUGCUGGGCAAUAGAAAGUUCCAGGAAUUCGUGAUUUGCAACACCUUCGCGAUGUUCUGCUCAAUGACCUCGGUCGUUGUCUUGAUGUUAGCAUACCUCUCCCACUUAAAAUUAUUUUACUUCAAGCUUGCACUAAAGCUACUAGGAAUGUCACUCCCGGCAAUGUCCUACGCUUUCUUAAUUGGUGUCAACUUGACCGUUGGCAAACUCCCUUGGCUUGCCACCACGAUAUCAAUUAUCGGAUCUUUUUUCAUCUUCAUCAUCAUCAUCACGGGUUCUUUAUCUUGGUGGGUGGUUCAUGAAAUAUUAAUCUUUGACAUAGUUAUCCCCUACCUUGCUCCUUUCCGCCCUAUGAUACUCUGGUGUUUCCGCCCUUACCUUCAUCUUUUACGAGUUGCGACGACGCUCGAUUGGGAUGACUCAGAAGAAGACAGAACGGGGAGCAAGACCUCUGCUAGUCCGCCUCUGGGUGGUGGCGGUAAAGAUUGA